ACAAUAACAUAGAAAUAGUUGACGUAUUCAUAGAUGAACAUAACCUAAAACAAGUAUACAUAUUUUGAUUAUAAUUCUAUCUUUUAAUAUAUAAGAUCAGUAUUAUAAAAUGCCUAAAUCAAAUGAUAGCGAACAUGUCCUAUCCAACAGAUUGACGAAAGUGAUAGAAACUAGGUUCGAAAACGAUCAAGAAACUUUAGAGGCCCUCCGUCAAUUAUCAUCAUUCUACAAGGAUAACACAUUACAAGCAAGGCGAAACUUGAGGAGUCAAAUAGAGAAACGAAGUUUACUGAUCAACGAGAACUUUCUAUCUGCAUUCAGAGAAGUGAAGGAGUCAUUCGAUGAUGUAUACAAUGAUGUGGCAGACAUGAGCAAAUCAAUAAGGGAUAUGACCAACAGAUUGCAGAACGCCAGAAUCCAAACUAAACAUUUGCUAGACCAAACGAACAGUUUAAAUAAUGAAAGCAUCAAUAAUGAAAUGCAGAUACAGGUGGCAACAGCUUUCAUAAAUAAAUUCCAGUUGACUCAGGAUGAGCUUGUCGCAUUACAUGGAUCCAAAACGAGGAAGGACUCCACUGUUACAAUGGAUAUUUUCAAAGCACUGGAUAAGGUUCAGACCAUACAUGCUAACUGUAAACUGCUCAUGCAGUCUGGUCACCAGACUUUGGCUUCUGAUAUUAUGGAGCAAAUGACUUUGCAUCAAGAAGGAGCUUUGGAGAGGUUGUAUCGUUGGUCGCAGAAUCACUGCAGGAACGUGGAUAAUCCAGAAUUGACGGAGAUUAUACAAAAGGCCAUGGAGCGGUUGCAGGAUCGACCGGUUUUGUUUAAGUACGUUAUAGAUGAGUAUUGUAUAUCUAGAAGGGCUACUUUGGUGGGGGAAUUCAUCGAUGCUUUAACGAGAGGUGGGCCUUCUGGAAAUCCAUCUCCAAUUGAAAUGAGAGCGCACGAUCCUCAGAUCUACAUUACCGAUAUGCUCGCUUGGUUAAAUAAAGCUAUUCCAGUCGAGAAGCAGAAACUGAAUACGCUCUUAGCUAAAUGCACUAAAAUUGAUACUAGUCAGGAUCUGGAAAACGCAUUAUCCAGUAUUUGCGAAGGAAUAUGUCAACCAUUGAAGAUCAGGAUCGAAAAGAUUUUGGCGGUACCAAUCGAAGCCUCCAUCUUCUACGCUGUUACCAAUUUGAUACGUUAUUACAGAAAGACGAUGGCAAAGGUAACUUCUGGUGGAUUACUGGAGUCCACGAUGUUGGAACUGCAAGAAAAGUCGGAGACCGCUUUCCUGCAAUCUUUGCAGAACCAGGUGACGAAUAUGCUGGUCAGGGUUGAAGCUCCACCCAGGGAUUUAUCACCAACGCAUUCUAUAAACAACUUACUGUGCGUCCUGAGGGAUAUUCUUUCUACAGCUAGUAUGAGCGAGGGCAGGGAGUCGGAUAUGGGAAGAAUCGCCCAAACUGUAAUGGAACCUCUUCUCCGGGCGAUGAACGAACAGGCGUCCAGGUUACCUCCCACAGAUAUGGCUGUCUACAUGUUGAAUUGCAUGUAUUCCAUGUACACGUGCCUUUCGCUUUACCAAUACAUGGAGGAUAGAUUGGAACGUCUGCAAGCCCAAUCAGAGGCCCAGAUAGAUACCCUGACUUCUGAGCAGGCCAGCUCUUUGGUGGCCAUACUCAAUUUGGGACCUAUCUACACCAUUCUGCAGGAUAGCAGCCACGGACCUCUAUCUUCUAUACCCGGCAUGGAACCAAGCAAUUUAAGGAACUUCUUGAUCAAAAUGGAUACAUUGGCGACGAAGCCGGAGAGCAUGCUGCUUCCGCAAAUCAACCUUUUAUCCUCUUCGCAACACAAGAAAUCGGUUCAAAAGAGGGCAUUCGACGUGCUGAUUGCCAUAUACAAGCAACUAUACGAAGCUGUCUACAAUCCAGCGAACCUCUACGAAAACCCCGAAACGAUCUUCAACAAAUCCCCAGACGAAUUGCUUACCUUAAUGUCCAACGCCAAAUAAAUAAAUAGACAAACAAACAAAACAAAAAAAACAG